AUGAGGAUCUGCGUAGAUUACAGAGACCUUAAUUUGGCUACACCUAAAGAUGUCUACCCCAUGCCUGUUGCGGACAUGUUGGUAGACGCAGUUGCAGGGCACAAACGGUUGUCUUUCAUGGAUGGCAAAAUCCAUCCGUUUUCCCCACUGUUGAAGUUGCAAGGACAGAAUGAGUUUGUUUGCAAACCUAAACAUCAAGAGGCUUUCGACAAAAUCAAGGCCUAUCUGGCGAGCCCGCCAGUGCUUGUUCCUCCUAAAUCGGGAUUUCCAUUAAAGUUGUAUGUUUCAGUAGCUGAGGCUUCCAUUGGCAGCCUCCUCGCUCAGGAUGAUGCAAAUGGUGUUGAACAUGCCAUUUUUUACCUCAUCAAAUAUAUGCUGUCGCGACCUAUCUUGAAAGGCCGUAUUGGCAAAUGGGUGCUCGCAUUAUCAGAAUUCUCGCUACAGUAUGUGCCACAGAAAGCAGUAAAGGGGCAAGCCAUAGCAGACUUUCUGGCACAUCACCCUAUGCUGGAUGUCCCCGCGGUUAGAGAUUUAGAGGUCGCUGCCACAACUUUAGAUCGCCAGGAUUUAGCGUGCUUGCCAGAGUACGCCACGCUUUAUCAAGCCACAAUCUCACUCCAGCCUUGGGUGUUAUAUUUUGACGGGUCAAGAACAGAUACGCUAGCAGUAGCAAAGAUUGUCUUGGAAAACCCGACCGGCGAUCGAUUUUCCUACUCUUUCCAGUUGGAGUUCCAGUGUACCAAUAACCAAGCAGAGUAUGAGGCCCUCAUUAUAGGCCUAGAAGUACUACUGGAAAUGGGAAUCGGAGAUGUACAAAUACUUGGCGAUUCUCUCUUGGUUAUCAAUCAGUUGUGCAACGAGUUCAGAUGCAAUAGCUUCACGUUAGUUCCUUAUUGGAACAGGGCAUUAGACCUGUUGGACCAGUUUGAUAACAUACAUCUAUAG